UGAGAGGCCCCUCCCCCGCGGCCCGGCGGCACCAUGGCCUGGGACUUCCUGACGAGUCUGCUCGACGAGAUUUCCAACCACUCGACGUUCGUGGGCAAGACCUGGCUCACGCUGUUCAUCGUGUUCCGCAUCGUGCUGACAGCGGUGGGCGGCGAGUCCAUCUACGAAGACGAGCAGAGCAGCUUCGUCUGCAACACGCUGCAGCCCGGCUGCGAGAACGUCUGCUACGACGCCUUCGCGCCCCUCUCGCACAUUCGCUUCUGGGUGUUCCAGGUGAUCGUGAUCACCACGCCCACCGUCCUCUACCUGGGCUUCGCCAUGCACAAGAUCGCCCGCAUGGACGACUCGGAGUACCGGCCGCGUCCGCGGCAACGCCUGCCGUCGGUGAGCCGUGGCGCCGGCCGCGACCACCAGGAGGCGGAGGCCAACUGCGAGGAGGACCACGUGAUCCCGGAGGAGAACGAGCCGGAGAAGGACGCCGGCGACAAGGCGCCGGAGAAGCUGCGCCGCAAGCACGACGGGCGCCGGCGCAUCAAGCGCGACGGGCUCAUGAAGGCGUACGUCUUCCAGCUGACGGCGCGCGCCACCUUCGAGGGGGCCUUCCUGUACGGCCAAUACCUCCUGUACGGCCUGGAGGUGCCGCCGUCGUACGUGUGCACGCGCCCGCCCUGCCCGCGCACAGUGGUCUGCUUCGUGUCGCGGCCCACCGAGAAGACCAUCUUCCUGCGGGUCAUGUACGGCGUCAGCGCCCUGUGCCUGCUCUUCACGGCGCUGGAGAUCCUGCACCUGGGCGUCAGCGGCGUGCGCGACUGCCUUUGCGGACGCAGGCCGCCCUGCAGCCCUCGCCACCCAGAGGGCCGUGCUGAUGCGUCUCCGGCCCUCGGCCCGCCCCCCGGCUACCACUCGAUGCUGAGGAAGGACCCCGUGGGCGAGAUCGUGUUCCGGGACAGCCUGGCGGACUCGGGCCGCGAGUCGUUGGGCGACAAGGCGUUUUCCCGGGAGCUGGAGCGGCUGCGGCGGGAUCUGAAGCCGGCCCAGCAGCGCCAGGACCGGGCCCACCAGCACGAGGAGUGCAGCCCGCCGCGGAGCAGCUGCCCCGAGACCGACGGCACGGCGGCGGAGCAGAACCGCCUCGACUCCGCCCAGAAGAAGGAGGGCAGUUCCUACGAGAAAGGGGAGCCAACCGUCUGCGGGCUUAGAUCUCCCAUCUCCUGCUGAGCCUGUUGUUCCAGGAUACGCACCGGGGAAUACGAUGGAAACACAAGGUAAAACUGUCUUGAGAAGUUGUGCUUAGGAAUUGGGACACACUCGCAAGGCGACAUGGAAACUCUCGUGCUGUCCCACGACCCACCAUAUCCCCCCCCGUAUCCACGGGCGUCCCCGGGUAGUCGGAGAAGACCCCACCCCACCCAGCGACGCUCCCCAACGCACAGACACGGCACCUUGACCCUCCGACGCCCAACGGAGGACUCGGAGCGCACCAUCAACAUCUCAGGCUUGCCUUAUGCCCACACUGGCGUUUACGCCUCACCUCUUUCCUUUUUUUCCUUCUAAAAAUGAAACCAGUUUGACUGAAAGGCGUCGAUAAUGGGGCCGCCAGGUGAGGUGGAGUUUGUGAAAUAUUAAAACUGGAAGUCUUGUUGACGUGAUACCAGCUUCAACCGGUACUGGAAGUUCUUAGUUUCUCCUUUUCUUUUUGAGACCUUAACAAAAGAGACAUCCAUGCAAAGCUUUCCUUUUUUGUUGUUGUUUCUCUAGUGCUUUGUAGUUUGGCCUAUAUGUAUUUACUAGUAGUGACUGAUGAAAGACCUAGUUUUAUUUUACUUUUAUUUUACUCACAUCAACAAGUAGGACUCUGUGUCAGAAGCGUGUAAUGUGGAGAACAAUCUAUCUUUUCUUCCUCAUAGACUCUCUCUUCCCCCCCCCCCCCCCCCUCUCUCGCUCUCUAAACACACGUCUCACAAGUUCUUCCAAACGGCAGUCAACAGAUUAGAAAUUCCCCCUGUUUGUGUCUGUUUGUGUGUGUGUAUGUGUGUGUGUGUGUGUGUCAGAGAGACGAUGAAUAAACUCACUAGUGUGUAGAGAGAGUGGAUUACAGUCAUCGCUGACAGGGGUACUGUUGAAGGGGAGUAUGAGAUUAAAUAUCAGGUUCCAACACUGUUUUGUCUUUUGAGUCAUCCGCUGGUGGGCUGGGGAGUCGAUAGGCACUCAACUGAGUUAGAAACCACCAUGAGCAUUUACACCCAUACCGGCUACAUAGGAUUGAAAUUUGCUAAUAAUAUGUCUAAAUAAUAGUCUGCUGACACCGCCCUCUCUUAUCGAUGCCGUAAGUUUGCGAGGUCAGAUGCCCUCUCUGUGAUGACAGCUCUCCGUGGCUACGGAGGAUUUCAUUUCUCCACAGCCGUCGAAGGCCUCAUGUGUGCGAUAUGAACGACAUUUAUCCAGAGUGGGCCAAAAAAAUUGCCUGUGUGAUCCCUGUCUAUUGUUUUGUGUGAUUUGACCGGCAGUUGGUCUGCUUAUAGGUCGGAAUGAAGCGGCCACCGAUUAUUGACAGGAUGGGUACUUUAUUCUACCGGAUUCGUUCGCUUCUUCACUAGACACACACGCUACCGCUCGCUCUCCUCGCUCGUCCACUCACUCGCUGACGUCACUCACACA